AUGGCGUCUGUCAAACGCUUCCUUGUGGCGGUAGUUGUCGUGAACGCGCUGUCUUCCGUUGUUGUGAACCUUGCCGGGUAUGUACAUGGUGUAGAUAAUGGGGGGGAGGGGGGGGAUGUGGCGGGUCAGGGGGUGGGCACACAACAGCUCAGUCCGACUCCGCCCCCGAGAGCGAAUCGUUCGUUCGGAGGGUAUUUCCAACAAGGCGUAAAUACGAUGAGACGCACACAAGCCGUGGUGUCGGAAAAUCCCAAGAAGUCUGCAGCGCUUAUCAUUGCCUUUCUUGUUUCUGUGUCGGUUGUGCUGCGGCUGCUCGGAAGAAAAAAGAAGGUACCGAGCAGCCAACCUCUCGAGAAGAAGGCGGCGACAGAAGAAGCAGGAGAGGAAGAGUAG